UUAACCCUGGCAAACCCCAAUCGCUCCUCACUGAAGCCGCGGCCGGUCAAAGCCGUCGCGAGCUCGCAAGCUCCCCUCCGCCGCGCGUGUGUUCUUCUCCCUGACGCCACCCACUUCCGCCGCCGCCGGCGAACACUAUCCCCCUCGCCGCCAUGGUCGCCCGUCUCCUCCUCCUCCUCCUCACCCUCCUAUUCUCCACUCCCUCCCCCGCCGCCGCCUCGCCGCACAUCUCCGCCGUCAUCUCCCAGUCCGGCCUCGACUUCGCCAAGGACCUGCUCGUGCCCCGAGCCGCCGACACCCUCGCUCAUCUGAGCGUACCCGACAUCGAGCGGUCCGUGAGCAUCCCCAUCAUCGGCGCCGUCCGCACGGUCGCCUCCCGCAUCGUGCUUGGCGGCGUGGCAGUCGCCAACUCCACCGUCGCCGCCGGCGACACGGGGGUCGUGGUGGCCGCGUCCCUGUCCAGCGUCAACCUCACCAUGGAGUGGAGUUACUCGUACAGCUCCUGGCUCGUUGAGAUCUCUGACAGUGGGAAUGCUUCGAUUCAGGUUGAAGGAAUGGACGUUGGGGUUUCCAUGGGGCUGAAGAAUGAAAAUGGAUCACUAAAACUAUUUGUUAUGGAAUGUGGCUGUUAUAUGAAAGACUUGGACAUAACACUGAAUGGAGGAUCCUCUUGGUUUUAUCAAGGAUUCAUAGAUGCUUUUAGCAAUCAUAUCAGAUCAUCUGUGGAAAAUGCGAUUACGAACAAAAUAGUGGAGAGUGCAUCAAAGCUCGACCAUUUCCUAGGAGGCCUUCCAAAGGAAAUUAAUGUUGAUAGAGUCGCUGCUAUGAAUGUGACAUUUGUUAAUGAUCCACGCUUCAUUAGUUCCUCUGUUGAGUUUGAUAUAGAUGGACUAUUUAUUCCAUCUGAUAAAACUGCUCCUCAGAGUGAUAUAAAUUUCGGUGAUACCAAACUUGCACCAGCCCUUGGCAGCUCCUCAAACAUGCUGUGGAUUUCAUUGGACGAAGAUGUUUUCAACUCGGUUUCAGCUCUCUACUUCAAGGCUGGUUUACUACAACAUUUGGUGGACAAGGUUCCCGAUCAGUUUCUUUUGAACACUGCUAGCUGGAGGUUUUUGAUUCCAAGGUUGUACCGUAAAUAUCCAAACAAGGAUAUGCUGCUGAACAUUUCUGCUAUAUCACCUCCCUCUGUGAGGAUUAAUGUGGGUAGAAUUGACACCACAGUGGACUUAGAUGUCAUAGUAAUUGUAUUGGGUUCUGAUGAUAUAGUUCCAGUUGCAUGCAUAUCACUGUCAGUUGCUGUUUCUGGACGUGCAAGUGUUUCUGGGAAUAAUCUUGUGGGAGAGGUUGAGUUAAAUUAUUUCUCGUUCGACUUGAAGUGGAGUGACAUUGGCAAACUUCAUACUGGUAUAGUGCAGAGUGUGAUGCGCAUCGUCCUGAAAAAUUUGUUCGUGCCCUAUGUGAACUCGUAUCUUGGACAAGGUUUCCCGUUGCCCAUCAUCAAGGGCUUCGUCAUCAGAGAUGCUUAUAUCCUCACCUCAUACUCAAGCAUAAUCGUUAGCUCUGAUGUUUCCUUCAUCGAACCAAUGAAUAGAUCUGGAAUAAAGCAUGUUCUUGGAUCAGUCAGCGAAGAUCCGGCAGUCACCAUGCUAUUUCAUUGAUCGUAUCUGUUGUAGUCUGGCAUCGGUUGUAUAUAAACAAUUAGUAUAAACUAGUGUAUAAACUAAGGUCCGGCAUCGGUUAUAGUCUGCAAGUAAUCACCCCUCGAUGAAAAUCUGUAAAUAACCACAGCUGUAACUGUAAAUGUAAAUAUUUCCGUGAAUCUGGUACGUGACAACUGACAACUAGUCUGAACCUGCUGUAACACUAGGUUUUAUACUGGAGAAUUAGUUGAUGGUUUCAACUUUGUGAUGUA